UAUCUCACACGGAGAUUAAAAGCAAAGUGACUAAGCGUAGCAUUUAAGAAACAAGAGAUACAAGCAACUUGCGAUAGCAUGAACGAUGAUUGCAGCACGACGACUAAGGAAACGUUCCAGGAACCGCGGAAGAAGUUUUGGUUGAGAUCAAGAAAACGACCAAAGAGCGAUGCAAUGAGUAUUAGCUCAAUGGACAUCUCCAUAGAUUCUGACAUAGGGAACAAGAAGAAACGACCCAGAAUUACAGAAGUUGCCAGCAGUAUAUUUCCAUCUUUGGUUGCAAUGAACAAACAGAGGAACAUUAUGCAGAGAUCGUUCACCAUUGUACCGGAUUCAGAUCUGUCGAUCAUUGAAGAUGAUGCUGAUAUUGGAGUAUCGCGUAAAAAGUUGAAAAAAAGUACUGGAAGCUGUAACAAUUUGACAAUCAGAAGCUGGCUAUCAGAUGUCGCGCAUACACAGGAUAAAGAAUGUUUGAACACUGUGCUAACUCGGAGUGAAGUCAAAAGGCAGGAGGCAAUUUAUGAGCUGUACUGUGGUGAAAAUGUGCUGUUAAAUGAUCUCUUUAUAUUGAGGGACUUUUAUUAUGAACCAAUAUUACCUACUGGCAUUUGUACAUCCGAAGAGCUAACUAUACUUUUUGGUGAUAUCACAAAUCUUAUUCAAAUACACAGUAACUUGAGAGAUGAAUUGCUUCAACUACGAGAUAGAAGUGGCUUUACAAAGGUUGUAGGCCCAACAAUACUAAAAUGGCUGUCGACAAUAAAGAAACCAUAUUUGGAAAGAUGUAGGACGUUGAUAUGGGCGAGACAUUUGUUGGACGAGAAAAGAAUCGGCAAUAAGCGAUUUCAGUCGUUCUUGAAAAAACGCCUGGAAUCGCCGCGUUCCGUUGACUUGUGGACUUACCUAGACGUGCCACGAUCGAGGAUCGUCAAGUACCCGUUACUGGUGAAGGAGAUCUUGAAACAUACUCCAGUUAGCGAUGCGGAUCAUUCGCUUUUGAAAGAAGCGGGUGACGUAUUAUCUGAUUUGCUGCAGGAUAUCGAUCGCACGAUGGGCGAUGCCGAGUGCAAGCUCGCUCAGUCGAAAAUAAACGUAAAGGUCGAACACGAUCCUGAUAAAUACAUUGCUAAUGCUACGGAAUUAAUUACGAAAGGAUUGCUCAAGGAUACACGUGGACUGAAAUAUUAUUGCUUUCUUUUCGACACAUGUUUUGCAAUAACGCGUCCCAUACGAAGGUUCAGCAAAAAAUACAAUCUCUUCUUACCCGUCGUACCCAAGGAUCAGAUAUGUGUACAAGUGGAGGAUAAGAAUAUCGCGGAAAUCGGUUUCAAAAUUGGCGAGCAAUUUUUUAUAACUGAAGAUGAGCACAAAAAGAGGCACUGGGUCGAUUCCUUCGACAAGCUGCGUCUCAGGAAAAUUUCGGACAAGGUUCUAAACGCACACGACAAGGAGAAUCUACCGAGCGCAGAAUUGUCGAAAUCGAAUUACAUCACAAGGGAAUCAAUGUCUAGCACGAGAACUUCCACGAGCAGUAUUAACGAUAAUUAUUUGUCGUUUUUCAUAAAGAAGAAUCUGCUUAAGCAAAAGCGCAACAGUAUCGGUUACAUAUAUUAAGAGGUUUCUGUUGCAAUUUU